AUGUCUGGUGCAUCAUUGCUAGAUUCCAAGGCCGCUUUCAAGGGGAAGGUGCUGGACUAUGGUCUCCCGCAAGUGGUUUUUGAGGGCAUUGUGCGGCGCGGCGUUGACACGCUCAGCAAAGCCGCUUAUGCUGUCGGUGCGCCCGGUGUCUUACCCUCCGAAGAUGCACUGAGGGCCUUCUUGAAUCCUGAUGAUCCAACGGUCGUUGAGCAAGGGCAGGUUGCAAUUGCCAGGCGUCUUGUCUUUGAAGCUCAAACACUUGCUGUCAGCCAGCUCCGCCAGCAGAUCGAAGGCCCGGACGAAAAGCGGCAAGACCUGCAGCCAGCUGAGAGGCGUUUCAGGCUUGUCGAGCAAGCUCGUCGAUUGCAGGGCAUGGUGCUGCGAGGACCGCUUGAGUGCGCAUUCUGUUGCUACACUUUGGUCAUUCGCAUGUUAGCUGCAGACGAGAUCACCUACUUAGCCCCCAACCGAUUCACUACCCGGGCUCACGAGGUACAAUUGCACAAACCACCUAAAGAGGUGGUCAUAGAUUCCACGUCUGCCAUCAGAGUGCGCGACUCUUCUGAAAUUGCCGACACCUGCCAUCUCCCUGAUGCCCUCAGCCUCUCUCAAGCCCUCACCCGCAGGUCGCUCGCGUUGGAUUUGUGCGAGGCUGCCACAUUCUCCGCGUCCGAGCGCUGGCAUGCCGAACUGCUGCGCCACCUGCAGCAGUCCCCACCAGUUGAGUACAAACAGGUUGACAUCAUGCAAAUUUUGCGGGCCGAUAGAGCUGCAUGGACGUCCAUGGCCGAAAAAGCCAACUCACUGAAGAAGCGUGCAGACGGGUCGCUGCCCAUGGAUGACCUGUUCGACGCCCUGCCGGCAUCGUCGGAGGUUAUGAUGUUCCUGCUGCCUUUGCCUGGCGGCACCCCCCCCACCGGACCGGAUGCGUUGACCCCUAAUCCAGCUGAUCCGCCUGCUCCGCCUAAAAAGUCUCGCACCAAGGCUCGCAGGGAUCGCCAGAAGCAGUGUCUGCAAGAGGCAUUGGCGCAGGCCGCGACGUCCACAGCGCCCGUCCAGCACUCUCCACAGCAGUUCCCGCCUAAGCCUCCGCAGCCCCAGCCUCAUUUGCCGCCCACGCCCCCUGCACCUGCAAACAAAGGCAAAGGCAAGGGCAAGCGCAAAACGUCUGCACCUGCUCCCAUUGUCAAGCUUGACUUACUUUUGGAAGAAGAUGUUCGCGUUCUCUUCAUGUUGCUCGCCAAUCGGGCUUUAGCUGCGGUGCACUUGGCACCGCCCGCGUCCCUGCCAUCCCGUGGUGGGGUUCCGCUGCGUUCCUCAGAUUUUCCCGACGGUGUGCCGGCUUUGCCGUGUUCUGAGGCACAGAAGGUCCUCUCGUACAAUCGGCUCUAUGCCCUCCCCUCAGUUAUUUUCUUUCGAGCUUUUGAGGCUGGCAUCGUUGCGACGCUGGAAAGCCCCGUGUCCAGCUACUUCUGGCAAACCAGUGUGUGGCUGCAGACUGAGCAAUCCAUUCCUUCGCUCUCCUUUGCCACUUUUCACACUUGCAUGUUUGGUGCAACUUUCAAACGUCACAUUCGCAUCGCAUACUGCCACCCUGCCUUUCAUGUCUUACAGGUCCCGUGCGACCAUCAACCUCUGCAUCCGGCCCACUCGGCGCCGCGGGAACCGGUUUCUGCCUACCCUGCCAAAUUUUGCCAGGCAUAUGCUGCCGCGCUCACAGAAGCCUUGCUUGCACUUGGGGCCGAGUGUGCGGCUACCGCCUUGCCCCACCUGGUGGAUCCGCAUCUGCAGUCUCGUGUUGCAGUCGGUACGCAGCCGCGUGGCAAGAAGCUCCCUCCGCUUCUGCCGGAGCACAAA